AUGGCAAGUGUGAUCUUGCCGAAACGUCGUCCAGAACACGAUUCUAUCCAGAAUCAAGAAAACCAUACGCGGAGAGGAACCCGGAAACAUCUUGACAACACAUAUAAUAUCCGCGGAAAUCUGAAGUUCAACAUAAUCAACCUCAACGGGGAGGAAAAUCUAUCCAACAUCAAGAAGUUUGAAAAACUUCGAUCAAAGAGAAGCAAGCUGCUGUGCAACCUAACAUUCCUGGAACGCUGCCGAGACGAGAAUAUUAUACCAAAGAGUUUGAAAUUAACAUUCCACAAGAAGAAUAACCAGACGAGAAAUAUCCUAAGGAGAGCGAGCCUAGCACUAAUAAGAGAAGCCAUUCACGACGCCAGGAGAGACCUAAACCAAGUAAACACUAAUCUUUACAAACUUCACUUAAUCCUGAGCAGUACACUUCAUCCAACACUAUGGGAGACCUUGGAUAAGAUAUCAGAAUUUAGAGCAGAAACCGAUUUCGAGCUAACCAAGAAGAAACAAAAAGAGAAAUUUGAAAGACUGCAAAUUGAACAAGCUCCUAAGAAGACCCCAAGACNAUCCGAAUUCCUUUUGCAAAAUAUACCAUAA